AUGACGUCUCCGCGCCGUGACGUUGCUGACGUGGCUCCCUCACCAAAACGAUGUCGUUUUGGCAAACACGACAACAAACAGCUAGCCAAUAGCCAUGAAGAAGAGAACCGAACAACCGAAAGACAUGUUCUUAAAGACAAUGGCUCCACUGUUUGUUGCGAGAGAAAUCGGGGGCAUACGAUACAAGCUGUUUGCUCUAGGUAUUUGUCUCCCUCUGGUUCCGUUUCUUCUUCACAAGCAACAACAAUGGCCGCCAAAACUACGACUUCAAGAUUUCCUGCACCUCUUAUCUCUCGUUCGACUAAUACCACACUGUCUUCUACGGCGCCUCAUUCGCUUCCUAAACGGUCUCAAUCUGCGGACCGACGGCGAGUGUCCAAAGGAAACAAUGUCAAUGCUUCGGAACCAACGGUUGCCACAAAGAUUUCGGUUACUUCAACGAGAAGUUUAUCAGUUUCGUUUCAACAGGAGUCCUUUUCACUUCAAACCAAGACUCAAGUGAGUGAUCAUGGGGAGAAUUCGAAGCCAGUGGACCGGCGGCAGCUCUGGCCGGAGAGAACCUGGAAAGCGAAUUCUGGUUUGAAUAUGUUGUCGAGGAGUUCUGAUUGUGAUGGUGGAAAGAAGAUGUUUGAAUAUAGUGAAAUGCUGGCUAAGUCAUUUCAACGAGCAAUGAUGCUUAAUGAGAGUAGGAGGAGGGUUUCCGUGUCUCCCAAGAAAACCUCUGAUACUGAUUGUGUCAAUGAGCCUUCUCGGGCAUCAUCAAGUGAUUUCGAAAAGAAUUCAAAAGGGAGGAUUGGAUCUCAUAAUAUCACGAUGCCGGCAAAAGUUAGUCUUAAAACCGAUAGCCCGUUAAGGCGUUCAUCAGAUCCAGAUUCGACUAAGUUCAGUCAAUCAAAAAGGAUUUCUAGUAAUGGUAGAAUGUCUUCACCUAUUAGGGGAGGCAUAAGGCCUUCUCGGGUUGGUAGUUCCAUUAAUUCCACUUCGAAUGUUAGCCUUUCCUUCGAUGUUCAACGAAAAAAGAUAGGGGAGACUCGGAAUGACGAUGCACAUACGUUGAGGCUUCUUUAUAACCGUUACUUGCAAUGGAGAUUUGUAAAUGCAAAGGCAGAUGCUGGUUUCAUGGUGCAGAAACGGGGAUCAGAGAAAAAUCUGCGGAAAACAUCGGUUAGAACAUCGGAGCUGCAGAAUUCGGUCACCUUCAAUCGAAUCAAGUUGAUGUUGCUAAGGCAAAGACUAAAACUGUUUUCCAUACUUAAGGGACAAAUGGCAUAUUUAGAAGCAUGGGACGUCCUCGACGACGACAUGUCCGGUUCAUUGGUAGGAGCAACCAAAGCAUUGAAGGCAUGCACUCUUCUUCUUCCAAUCGUCAGGAAAGCAUCAAUCGAUAUCCAAAGUCUCGAGGAUGCUAUAGGUUCAGCAGUUGAUGCUAUGCAGGCAAUGGCAACCCCAAUAAGCUCACUAUCAUCAAUGGUGGAGGAAAUGAGUUCUUCAAUGGAUGAACUUGUGCAUGUGAGUGCAAACGAAAAGGUUUUGCUUCAACAAUGUAUGAAUCUUUUGAGGACGGUGGCAGCGAAUCAGGUCAAGGAGCGCUGGUCGAUGACACAUUUAAUUCAGUUAAAUCUUUGA